AUGUGUGUCAUCCUCUCAACACCGUUCAAGUAUAAAACCUGCACUCUCAAGGACCAGGACCCCCACAUUUUCUACAGCCAGCGAGCGAUCACGCAAGAGCUGCCCAAUAUGAGCCAGGAAGUCAUUGACAAGUUGGACUGUCAGAGCACAAAAACCUUGACCCUCACCAUGGGCGACCGCGUCUGUAACAACACUGUCGAGUGGAACGACGUGAGUUUUGGGUCGACGUCAAGGGGGGGUCGGUGCCCCGAGUGUGAGCGUCUGCGUAUCUACGACGAUUCCGCUCAGCACCAAAAUGCAUUCUUUAUGGAGUAUGACACCUAG